UGCACUAAUGCCGCGCACCGACCCCGCAUCAGCGACUCGGUAAUUUAUUAACCGUAAACAAUGUACAAAACAAACAGCGGACACAGAGGAAGCUAAAUGUGGAUAUUCUUGGAGUUCCCAGUCGGGUACCCGUAAACGAUUCAGUCAAACUUAUGGCGUGAAGGGCCCAUCCUUGGCCUUUGUCACUCACAGCUAAUGGAUGUCCUUACGCAGUAUGCCUACAAUGACAGCUUCUACGAUAAUGGAACAUGGAGCCUCAACGACACAGAGCAAGGGCAGAAGCACCCUUACAACUACUAUGCCAUGCUUCUUACGUUGCUCAUCUUCGUCAUUGUCUUUGGCAAUGUGCUGGUGUGCAUGGCCGUGUCCAGGGAAAAGGCUCUGCAGACGACCACCAACUACCUGAUCGUCAGCCUGGCUGUGGCUGACCUGCUGGUGGCCACACUGGUGAUGCCCUGGGUCGUCUACUUGGAGGUGGUGGGAGAGUGGCGUUUCAGCAAGAUCCAUUGUGACAUCUUUGUCACUCUGGAUGUGAUGAUGUGUACAGCCAGCAUCCUCAAUCUCUGUGCCAUCAGCAUUGAUCGUUACACAGCAGUUGCCAUGCCGAUGCUGUACAACACUCGCUACAGCUCCAGGAGACGGGUCACAGUGAUGAUCUCUGUGGUGUGGGUGCUGUCGUUCGCCAUAUCAUGUCCCUUGUUGUUUGGCCUAAAUAACACAGCUACUCGUGAUGAGUCUCUCUGUGUGAUUGCCAAUCCAGCUUUUGUGGUCUACUCCUCCAUUGUGUCCUUCUAUGUUCCCUUCAUCAUCACUCUGCUGGUUUAUGUGCAAAUUUACGUGGUGCUAAGAAAGCGAAGGAAACGCGUGAACACAAAGCCAAAGCAGCGCGCCUGUCCAGCCGCUGAUCAUGACAUGGCCGCAUCACUGAAGGAUAAGUGCACUCAUCCAGAGGAUGUGAGGCUGUGCACCAUGAUUGUUAAAUCUAAUGGGAGUUUUCCUGUCAACAAGAAGAAAGUGAUAUUCAUCAAAGAUGUAGCCAACGAGGGGGAAGAUCUGGAGCUGGAUGAGCUGAACAACAGCGGCAGCAGCCUGAAACAGAAGCAGCAGCCACAGUGCGCUCUCGGAGAGGCUCCAACGACCAGCCACCAGCUACUGGUGCCGACCAAGGCCACCGCUAGCCCCACCUCCAUGCCCCCCACACCACCUGAGGAGGGCCAGAAAUCACAAAAGAACGGAGACCCUUCCAAGGAGGCCUUGGUGAAUCCAGCACCUGUUGUGGCCAAGGCCUUCCAGACGCAGGCCUUACCUAACGGCAAGACUCAGACCUCUGUGAAGAGUAUGAGCAAGAGGAAGAUCUCGCAGCAGAAGGAGAAGAAGGCCACUCAGAUGUUAGCCAUUGUCCUAGGUGUAUUCAUCAUAUGCUGGCUGCCGUUUUUCAUUACGCAUAUCUUGAACACCCACUGCACCAAAUGCAAGGUUCCUGCUGAGAUGUAUAAUGCUUUUACUUGGCUGGGCUACGUCAAUAGUGCUGUAAAUCCUAUCAUAUACACCACCUUCAAUGUUGAAUUCAGAAAGGCAUUCAUUAAGAUCCUGCACUGCUAAGAUAGCAAGAUCACUUGGUCUGAUCAGACUGAGAGAGGAGUGAUGAAGAGAGGCAUCUCUUCUAGACCUUCUAUACCUCAUCCUGUUAGGGAAAAAGCACCGCAGGGGGAAACUGCAAUCUGCUUUUAAAAGUUAUGGAACUGAGAGACUGGAAAACUGACAGUGUCUUAUU